AUGUUUGAUAUAUUUGCGGGGCGAUUACGAGCAAUACGAGCAGAAAUGAUGGCUCCCGAAGGCCUGGUGAACGCACACGAAUACCCUUCUUGGGAGGUGAUGAAGAAAAUUGUCGCAAAACUGGCCAGACAGGAUAAGCAGAGUCAAUAUCAACCAUGCGCUGGUGUAUGGGAUGAUCAGUUUGAUAUGAUGCCAUGGGAUGAUAAUAGCCCGACACUAGCAUUUCGACGGAAUCUGCAAAGACAAAAUAUCCGAGCGAUCGAUUGUGGUUUACGGCCUACAGCAACUUCACGUGAAUGUGAAGAAAUGGAAGAAUACGAAGAAGCGGACACUCAUUCCUGUGAAGAAAUGGAAGAAUACGAAGAAGCGGACACUCAUUCCUGCAUUUCAAUGGCUUCAAACAGCGGUGGCGAGUUUGUCGAGGUGCUGGAUGUGGUGAGUGAAAGUGAAAUGUACGGCAACGAGGCAGCAGCUUCUGCAUCCGCACGAAGAAGACGAAAAAUGGAGCCGGAAGCACCGGGACUGAUUUCUUUGUUCGUCGAUGACCGACAAACUGCUGAUUCAACAGCUGCUAACCAGGACGAAGCAGCAGCAGCAGCGGCAGCAGCAACAUCACACGAUACUGAUGACAUUGAUGCUUCUACGGCACAAGAUGAAGCAAGCAGUGACGUGCAGUACUCUGUCUCCGACCCAUCGACCACCGUACAGGAUGAAGCAAACAGCGGCGUGCAGUACUAUCUUGUGCCAGAUGAUGACGAUGAUGAUGAUGAGGAGGAAGAGGAGGAGGACGAAGAUGAGGAUGAGGAUGAAGAUGAUGAAUUUGAGGAUGAGAAUGAUGUUGAUGUUGAUAUCGAUGAGGCAAACAAUCUUCCCAUUGCUGAUGAGGACGAUGAGGUGAUGCGCGAGUACCGUAAUAUAGUGUCAGAAGUGGAGCAACUUGAAAGAGGUUUGCAACUUGAAAUAUGCCUCCUUUUAAACCCGUUGUUUACUGGCAAAACAUUAUCGCACAAACGGUUUCGAAUCAUCAUCUUUUGUAAAGAGAGGAAUUCAAAGGAAAUUUUGCUUCUUUGGGGCUUAUUUAUUUCAAAAAACUUGUGA